AUGAGCGACCGCAUCCCCCCAACCCUCACACCCAACCCCCAAGCUAAACACCACUCCCACCCCUUCCACCAAUCCCCCUCCAACAGCCAAAACAUCCAAGACUUCGGGUCCUCCUCCUCUUCACAUCCUCACCCAACCUAUUCCUCCCACCAUAACAACUACAACGAUGGCAACCCUUUAGCUCACACCUCCUCCUCACCCUCCGCCCGCAACGCCGCCUUCGCGGGGUACCUCGAGCCCGGCCCCUACACACCGAAGAAGACGAAGCUUGGAAAUCCUGCUCCGUUGGGCUCGAGUGCGUUCGCGCUGACGACUUUCGUGUUGAGUCUCAUUAAUUUGCAGACGAGGGGGGUGACGACGCAGAAUUUGGUGGUGGCGGUUGCGUUUGCGUAUGGGGGGCUUGUGCAGUUGCUUGCUGGGAUGUGGUGAGUAAUUUUGACUUAAUCAUCGUUUUGUUUGCUGUUACACUUUAAAAAGACAGGAGAGGAAAGGGAAAAGGAAGAGGGAAUCCUAAGCUGAUUGUAUGGCAGGGAAAUCGCCGCGGGGAAUACAUUCGGUGCUACGGCUCUAGCAUCCUACGGCGGAUUCUGGAUCUCCUUUGCCAUUCUGCUUACACCGGGUGGCUUCCAGAUUGCGCAGCCGUAUGCGGGAGAGGGGAAUAAACUUGAGUUGGCGAUUGGAUUCUAUCUUAUCGUAUUUUUUCUCCCCAGCUUACUUUUGUUUACUUCCCUGCUUCGCCUUCUCUCUCCUCUCCCUUCAGUUCACUUCACCUCAUCGCCCUACCACAUCACUUACCCCCGGUCUCCAUCCCAACCCCAACUAACAAACCCCCAGGGCUGGUUCAUCUUCACCUUCCUCCUCUGCCUCCUCACCCUCCACUCCACCGUCGUCUUCUCAGCCCUCUUCUUCUUCCUCUGGCUCGCCUUCCUCAUGCUCGGUAUCGCUCAUCUCGUGACCCCGAAUCCCACCUCUCGCACCGCAGCAGCAGUCCCGAACGUGCCCUUGACCAAAGCGGGUGGUCUUUUCGGCUUGCUUGCCGCGUUUCUGGCGUGGUAUGUGGCGUUUGCGGGUAUUGCGGAUGCGAGUAAUAGUUUUUUUACGGUGCCGGUGUGGCAUUUUCCUUGGAGUGAGAAGGGGAGGGAGAUGAGGAAGGAGGAGGGGAAGGAUGUUUGA